ACCCUUAUGGGGGAGAGGGACAGGAAACUAGGCCUGGGCAAAUAUCAGGGGCUUCUUAAGAGGUUAGAUGCUACCCAGAGCAGAACUGCCCCUCCCCUCCAGGAAACCUCUGGGCGCGCCCCAGAGCAGAGCUGCCCCUCCCCUCCAGGAAACCUCUGGGCGCGCCCCAGAGCAGAGCUGCCCCUCCCUUCGGAGGGUCUCUAGGCGCACACUUAUGAUGUCACUGCGACCGGCCAAUCCUGUAACACCUUAGCACUCUCCCUCAGCAUUCUCCGGUAUGCUAAUUGUCCCUCCGAACCAACCAAUCCCGUGCCACCUCUGCAUUUUAUACCAGCACUCUCCACCAGCAUUCUUCGCCAGCAUUCUCCCAUAUGCUAACGGUCCCUCUGAACUGACCAAUCCUAUGCAUGCGUUAGGAAUAUGCUAAUUCGUUGCCUAUAUAACCUGUGUAAAACUGCCGCUCAAUGCUCCUCACUGCCUGAGGUGGGGGGCCCGUUUGUGCAAACGUACAAUAAAUACCUCAUGCUUUUUGCAUCAGCUGGUUUGGAGUCUGGGUUUUUGGGCGUCCUCUCGAGCAAGUGGGCAUCUCUGCAACUGAGAGGUCCAACAUUUUUGGCGCCCAACGUGGGGCUCGAGGUCGCCCUCAGACCCAUUCUCUGCGGACCAGUUGGAGGUAUAAUUAAGUGUUUUCUGUCUGUUGUUGUCUUCGUCUUGAGUAUUCUGACUGGCCAGUAUCUGACCUGACUCUGUGGGACCAGUGGGGGAGGCAGGCGUGCCCAGCAACCCUUGGCCCGUUACCCGGAGGACGCUCCGGGUUAUGAGGGGAAACCCUCGGUCUGUUCCCCCGGAAGACGCACUCGGGGUGGUCUGGAGGUGGGUCGGAGACUAAGUCUCCCUCCUUCCCGGGGAGGGCUGGUCAGGCAGCCGCUCCCAAAAAUAGCGCAAUAGCGUUCGAUUUGUCCUAGCCAUGUGUUUUGUCUUGCUUACUGUAUAUGUCUGUGCAAUGGUUGUUCUUUUUGUUUGGGCUGAAAUCCUUAUACGCAAGGGUCAACAAAUAACCACCCCUUUAAGUCUCACUCUAGAUCACUGGAAGGACGUUCGAGAACGCGCGCGCCACCUCUCAGUGGAGGUUAAAAAGAAACAAUGGGCAAGAUUCUGUUCCUCAGAGUGGCCGGCCUUCGAGGUCGGCUGGCCAAGGAACGGCACUUUUAACCUCGAUAUUAUUUUACAGAUUAAGGAGCGCGUCUUUCGGCCAGGAUCCGAUGGACACCCUGAUCAGGUGGCCUACAUUACCACGUGGGAGGAUCUUUCACGUAACCCCCCUCCCUGGAUAGAACCCUUCUUCCCGACGGAGCCCAUACGGACCCCGAUACCCCCUCCUCCUAUCCCGGUUGUACCAACCUCCUCCCUAUUCCCUCUGAAGGAGAUUCGAGGUCCAAAACCUGACAAGCCACCGGUUCUUCCGGCUGAUCAGGACUUUCUGCUCCUUGACUCUCCCCCACCCUAUCUUCCCAGCCAACCUGCUCCCCCGCAGGAACCCCCACUACAACCAGAGCGGGAUGUGCAGCCUUCUGCACCAUCCCCUGAUUCCACGAGGGAAGGGGAAGAAGUCUCAGCGCCUUCCCCGCCCUCCAGCCGCCUGCGCCUCCGUCGGGGGCAGGCAGGGGGCUCGGGAAGCGUCUGGACUUCGCAGGCUUUUCCUCUUCGCUCGGUGGCUGGCCAGAUGCAGUACUGGCCAUUCUCUGCUUCCGAUCUUUACAAUUGGAAAACCCAUAACCCCUCUUUCUCUCAAGACCCCCAGGCUCUGACUGGGCUGAUCGAGUCAAUUUUAUUGACUCAUCAGCCCACCUGGGAUGAUUGUCAGCAGCUUCUGCAGACCCUCCUCACCACUGAGGAAAAGCAGCGCGUCUACCUCGAGGCACGGAAAAACGUCCCUGGAGCAGAUGGCCGACCGACCCUACUGCCAAACGAAAUCGAGGAGGCGUUUCCCUUAACCCGUCCUGAUUGGGACUACACCACCGUUGCUGGUAGGGAGCGACUUCGUCUUUACCGCCAGGUUCUCCUUGCGGGUCUCAGAGGGGCUGGAAAGCGCCCCACCAAUUUGGCCAAGGUACGUGCAGUAGUGCAGGGGGCUGAGGAAACGCCGGCAGGCUUCCUAGAAAGAUUAAUGGAAGCCUACCGUAUGUACACCCCGUUUGACCCCCUGGCAGAGGACCGGCAGGGAGAUGUAAUCAUGUCCUUUAUAGGACAGUCAGCGCCGGACAUCCGCAAUAAAUUGCAGCGGCUAGAGGGGCUUCAGGGAUAUACUAUACAAGAUUUAAUGAAGGAGGCAGAAAGGAUUUACAACAAAAAGGAUCCACAAGGAGCAGGAGGAAAGGGAAGGCCUGCACUGGCCUGAGGGAGGCUCGUAAAUCCCCAGAGGCAGUUAAAACUAAGGUGGAGCCUUCAGGUGUGGCAGCAACCCCUAAAAGCCCAACACUGCCUUAAGGCACUGCGCCUCCAAUUCCGCCCAUGUGGCCACCCCUUUUUGGUUAUUCCCCUCCCUUAAAUCACCCGCCGCCAUCUUGUAAACAGCGUGCCUACCCAACCUCACAGCCAGUCCUACUAGGCCCCGACGUGCACAGUCUUCCCUGUAAAUGGGGGACCACGGCCUUUCUCUGCACUCUCUUCCAGUCAGUGUAGCCUGUUGCACCCUUGCAGACCACAGCCAGAUACUCUAGGGGAGACUAGUCCUUGGGCUGCUUUUUUCCUCUCCAUUUACAAUUCAAUGCUGUCCUCACUAGGAAGAAAAAAUGCCUUUGGCUACCACUGGCCUUACCUAAAGGAACAAAAACCUUCAUCCAUUAACCCUUUCCAACCUAAUGAGUCUUUAUUUGCAGUUAAUGAAACUUUUUCUCCAGCACUACGGAAGCCUCUCAUUCCCUGCCGCUUUGUUUCAGAUGUGUUUCCCUGUCCUAAGCAACGGGCUUCUAUGCUGAUGACCAGCUCUUUUCUGUGCUGCUGUAGUUAACUUAUCUAAGAGUUUGCACGUGUCUUGAAGGUUUCGUGUUUUAUUGGAUUUGUCUGUCUUUAAUGUUUGAGUGAUUACCUAACUCUGAUCAGAUCUGCCCCACAGCUUUGGUUAAAAUAUUCAGGUUAUACGUACUAGUUUUUGGCUAAGCGGUUGACUCUCUAACAGUUUAAAUUCUCAAAUGGAGUCUAACAACUUUGGGACUUCCAGUAGGAUCCCUGGAACUCUCAAAGGAUGGGACUCUAAAUUUGUUAAAGUAACAACUGUUUAAGUCUAUUUAAAUUAUGCAGUGUAUUAAAAUAUUGUAGAUGAUGUCGGACCUAUGUUGUAUUCGUGUUUUUGCUUUCCAGCUAAGGUGGUCUUACAAGUUUUUAUAUGUCCUUAAUAUGCUUUAAACUUGUUUCUUUUACAGAUCUGCUUUUGCAAAAACUAUAGUGUCUCUUUUUAACAGUGUCUGCUUAGUGGGUUACUCUGCCAUUUCUAAAGUUAGGUCAUGUAAGC